UCUGAGAAGUAAUGGGUUAGUAGAACAGACACUCGGGCUUCAAUUUCUGACACUUUUCUUCCUUAGGCAACUUGAAGAGCUAUUACUUUGAAGGCUAUUACUUUUGUAAAAUCUACCUUGAACUGGAGACAUUAGUCCGUCAUAUUUCAGGACAGCUGUCUGGCUUUGACAGAUAUCUUGGUGGAUUGUUUUGAUCACAGGAGAUAUCUUCACUGUUUGUGUCAGACUCGCCAACGGACAGGUUGAGCAGCAUGUCAAAGGAGGAGAAACCAGAGAGCGUGUCGCUGUGUCCCUUGGGUGCAGCACCUGCACCUGAACAGGAGCUGCUGUGCAUAUUUGGGACGGGGGAUUUAGGGCGCUCCCUGGGCCAGCGUCUGCUCCAGUCUGGAUACAGGGUGGUAUACGGCAGCCGCAGACCUCACAACUGUGGCCCCUUACCUCAGGGAGCUCAGGUGAUGAGCCAUGAAACAGCAGCCCAGUCAGCCAGUCUGGUCUUUCUUUGUAUUCACAGAGAAAACUAUGACUUCCUCACGACUCUUGCACCUCAGCUCAAGGGAAAGGUGCUGGUGGACGUCAGCAAUAACCUGAAGAAGAAUCUAUACCCAGAGGCCAACGCAGAGUAUCUCCAGAGGCUGAUCCCUGGAGCACAUGUCGUGAAAGCUUUUAAUACUUUGUCUGCCUGGGCCCUGCAGAACGGGCCCUCAGAUGCCAACAGACAGGUCUAUCUGUGUGGAAACAGUGUGGAGGCCAAGCAGGCAGUAGCAGAGACUGCAUCCAAGCUUGGCUUCGCUGUUCUGGAUAGAGGGUCUCUGAAGGCAGCCAGAGAGCUGGAGGACUCCCCUUUGCUGCUGUUCCCUGAGUGGAGGCUGCCGUUACGCCUGGCCGUCGGCCUCACUGCCUUCUUCUUCUUCUAUCUGCUCAUUCGAGAUGUCGUCUACGCGUAUGUUGACCAGGGGAAAAACAACUCCUUCAGAAUAAUGGUGUCACUGGCUAAUAAGGUGUUUCCCAUUGUGUCUCUCAUCAUGCUGUCUCUGUGUUACCUUCCUGGUGUCAUAGCUGCCAUAUUUCAGCUGUACAGAGGAACCAAAUACAGGCGUUUCCCUGACUGGUUGGAUCGCUGGAUGCUUUGCAGGAAACAACUGGGACUGUUAGCACUGGGCUUUGCAUCUCUACAUGUGCUCUACACUCUUAUCAUCCCCAUAAGAUAUUAUGUGAGAUUCAGGAUUGCUGCAAGCACCAUUUCAAAGAUAAAGGAGAACCAAACGUCAGAGUUUGACAUCACCUCAGCCUGGCGUGGUGACUCUUACUACUCUAUGGGGAUUCUGGGAUUUUUCCUGUUUUUCCUGCUGGGAAUAACCUCUCUUCCCUCAGUCAGCAAUGCUCUCAGCUGGAGAGAGUUCAGCUUCAUACAGUCCAAGCUGGGGUACCUGGCAUUGUUCUUCUGCACCUUUCACACCUACCUGUACGGCUGGGACAGGUUCCUUCAUCCCUCCACCUACAAGUGGUACACACCUCCGGGCUACAUGCUCUCUCUUGUGGUGCCGUCGGUAGUGCUGAUAUUUAAGCUUCUGCUCAUCCUGCCCUGUGUGGACAAAACACUCACACGCAUCCGACAAGGCUGGGAGAGAUGCGAUCCAGAGGAGGACGCCAAGAAGUCGCUGCUAACAUAGAACUGUCACUAUUCCAGAAAAUGAAAAAACAAUGCCAUGUAAAAAAAAAAAAAAAAAAAAA